AAAUCGCGCUCUUCAUUUCGAAACCUCACCUCGCCCUCACCGCCGCAAUGCCGCCCGCGCGCCGCCGCCGCCGCACCGCCGCCGAGGUGGACGGCGAGGCCGUCCCCUCCUCCGCCGCCGACCUCCUCGCCCUCGCCGCCACCCUCUUCCCCGCCGCCGCAGACGCGCCGCUCAGGGACCCUCCCCACCUCAAGCACCUCGUCCACUCCCUCCCCGACUCCCACCCCGUCCUCCUCUCCCUCCCGGGCGCCCUGGCGCCGCCCCUCUCCGACGGCGGCGCCCCCGGGUACCCCCCGCGCGCCGCCGCGGUGCUCCUCCACCUCCUCCUCACCCACCCGUCCCACCCGCCGCGCUGGGGCGACCUCCUCCCGCCGCUCGCCCGCCUCCACGACCGCCUCGCGCAGCUCGCCACCGACGACCCGCCCCUGGCCGCGCUCGCCGUCGCGUGCUUCGAGCUCGCCUGGAGGGCCGCCGCGCCGGGGCGGGAGGCGGUCGUCGCACAGACCCUGCCGUACCUCUUCGCCGAGGCGCUCUCGUGCGGCUCCGCCACCGCGAGGCCGGUGCUCCGCCGCCUCCUCGCGCUCCGCGACGCGCUGGCGCUGCUCGACUACGACGACGACGACAGCAUCUCCGACUUCAAGAUGCUCCUGCUGCGCUGCUUCGUGUCGCCGCUCUUCCUCAAGGCCGAGGAAGGCAGGAAGCUCCUGUCCCUCGUGCUCGGCGUCAGCGAGGGCCUCGCCAGGGAAGGCCUGGAGCUCAUCAGAGCGCAGGUGGGGAUGCCGGGGGUGAAGCGGGCGGCGCUGGUGGCCUACGGGGAGGUGGUGUUCAGGGCGUGGAAGGACGGGGGUUGGGUCAGGGGGGAGGUCGGGGAGGCGUUCCUGCAGGGGAUGCUGGAGGGGGCCGUGCACGCCAGGAGCAAGGAGCUUGCCAAAGCGGCUAGGAAGCUUCUGUCUGCGUUCGUCGAGCAGAGAAUGGUGGCUGGAGUUGAAAAAUUAAUCUUUCAGCUUGCCGAGCCCGUGCUGUUCCGGUCUUUGCAGGUUGCAAACUCCAAUGUACGCCAUAAUUCUUUGCACCUUCUAUUAGAUUUGUUCCCCCUUGAAGACCCGGAUGUGACAAAGGAUGUCAAUGAUCCUCUACUAGAGAAGCAAUACUUCUUGCUAGACAAACUUCUCAUGGACGAUUGUCCAGAAAUACGAACGGUUGCGAUUGAAGGACUCUGUCGUAUUCUUAACCAGUUUUGGGAAGUUAUUCCUUCCCUAACUAUUUCAAAAUUUUUAAGUAAAAUUGUUGAUGACAUAUCCAAAGAUUCUUGCACUGAGGUUCGGGUGUCAACCAUAAAUGGUCUGAUAUACUUACUUGACAAUCCGCAAAGUCAUGAAAUACUGAAAGUUCUACUUCCAAGAUUAAGUGACAUGGUCUCUGAUCCUGCUUUAUCGGUCAGAUCUUCUGCAGUUGAUCUUCUUUUGGCUAUACGUGAUCUUCGAUCUUUCCAGUUUAAUAAGGUUGUUGGAUUGGGUACUUUGCUGUCUUCACUCUCAAAUGACCACCCCCGUGUCGCACAGAAAAUCACAAAGCUUCUCAUCCCUUCAUAUUUUCCAACAAAAUUGCCACUGAAAGAAGCGUGUGCUCGCUGCAUUGCACUUAUAAAGAGGUCACCCACAGCUGGAGCAAGGUUUUGUGAAUUUGCUUUAUCUGAAGGGUCUCCCCCAAGAUCCCUUGUUGAACUGAUCAAAGUCUCUAUUACUCUGGCACUGGCACCAACAGGAAUGAACUCUGAACAGACUGAUGGUCUUGUUAUUGCUUCAGCCAAUCUAAUUAAAAGCUUAUCUGAGGAGCGCUCUAGUUUAGCUUCCUUAAGAGAAUUCUUUGCAAAUGCAAAGUUGAAGCUACUCUUUAAAACAGAAAUUUCUGUGGGAGCCCGGUCUGCUCUACUCAGUAUGGCUCCAGUUGUAUCACCUGAUGAUCUAUCUGCUUUGCACGAUGAAUGCAUGAAUGUAGUCAUGAACGCUGCAGGGGUUUCCACGCAACAAGGUUGCCAAGAAGCAGUGCUAGCAGCACAUAAGUUGGUUUUUUCAAGUGGCUGGUCUGACGAAAUGUUUGAAGCACUGACAAAUAUUCUGCAAUCUAAAGUGUCUUGUUUUGCUGAGAUUUAUGAUAUAGAACCUCCUAUCUGUCCCGUUGCUACUUCAAAGAGGAAGAAAGGAAAAUCACUUAAGAAAACACCAGCAAAGUCUGGUCAUGAUAUUGGAAACGGGUCAUCCAGUGAAGACUUUGAUAUUGUUGCAGGUGCAUCAUGGCAGAUUAAUGACAUACUGAAAGAUGAAGAAAAGAGAGUUGCCUUUCUACAAUCUUCUUAUUCAGACGUCGCAUUUUCAUCUCUGAAGGUCAUUUGUCAAGUGUACAUUGAGCAGUGCCUGCAGUUUGACUCUUUAAAUGCCACACCUCUUUUGGCUUAUUUGAGUUUGGCUACACACAGCGCUCUUCAGGAUAUUGACCAAACUGAUAUCAGCACCUCUGAGUCAACAACCAUCAAUCACUCACUGGACCAUCUGCUGAAUUGUUUUGACAAACUCCUAAAUGAAUCUGUUACUGGUUCCACAAACUCAUUGAAGUUGAAGCAGAAUAAGAAAUCUGCACGGCAGAAACACCAUCAUGGAGUUCCUGAAGGGAAUGCAUUGAGAGGGACAGUUAAUGUAUACAUGCUUGGCACUUCAAUUCUCAAGUUUAUCGUUGACACAAUAACCAUCAAGUUGAUCAGUGAUAAUAAAGUAGGAUGUCUCAAUUUUGCAUUGUCCUUCACAAAAUAUGCAUCAUCAGCCAUAAAAAUGCAUCAGGAGCAGAGCUCAUCUUUCAAAGGGAAUGAUCUGAAAGACAUAUUGAUGCUUAUACGGAGUUCCUUCACAUAUGCAGCCAAGCUGCUUCAUUUGGUCCUAGCAAACUCAAUUGAGUCACAGAGUCCCCCAGAGGAAGCCUUCUUUCUUGCCAAUAAUCUUCUUGAUCUUGUACCCUCUGUUGAGUCUGCUGCAGGCUCCAAAUUUGCUCUCAGUUUAGUUUCUGUCGUAAAGCAGUGGCUACCAGUUGUCAUAAUGGGUCUUGGAUGCCGCUGGUUGAUUGGGCCACAGGCUGAGGGUAACAUGUGUGACUUUGGUGGGUCUUGCUUGCCACUAUGGGUGGUUGCAUUGGCCAAGAAUGAGCUGCUUGAUGAUGAAAAACCUAGAGAUGAUGAUCAAAGCGAGCAGGCCAGUGAGGACUCACAGUCAUCCAGAAAACUAGCAGAAAUGAUGGUAAUUCUUCUGAAGAAAGGGAGCCCGAAAAUUCUUGAUUCUGUGGCUGGCGUCUUCCUGUCCACCCUCAAGUUGGCGCUGCAGAGAGCGGAGUACGGUGUUGUCUUGGGCUUGACACGCUUUGUCUGUGUCAGGUUGCUUGGGAGUGACUCCUCGGCAUCGGAGAAGCUGCAUCUUGCUCAUGAUUCACUUCGUGAGAACUUCUUUGAGAUUGACAAGCAUGUCAUGGACGAUCUAGUUGACAGCGAGGAAUCGAGGCAGCAACUGGAGAGUGCCAAAGCUUUGAUAAGAUCAAUUCUCUCUGACGUCUGAUCAUGUACAUACUACUGUAAGAUCAAGAUGUGUUGGCUGUUGCUUUAGGAAGUUACUAACUUGGUAAGUAAUAUGUCAUACAGCUAGCCUGGAAAUGUCUAUUUGAGUGGAAUUCCUCUGUUUAUUUGAACAGUUACUGUCUUAUUUCACUUAGUAAAUCAGUUUGCCUUUGGAGCCACAAUAUGCAGCGCGAUGUAGGCGAAGCACUGGCGAUAUCCUUGUACAGUAGUAGUACUUAUGUUUCCACUGUAUAUUGACAUCGGCAGGACGAAAUAAUAUGCUAUUAAAACUUAGUCCGUUUUUUGAA